AGCAACACCGCGCCUCUGGCUGUCAAACGUAUCGAACGCCCUCGUUCGCCUCGGAGAUCAGCCGACGUUUCUAUCGUAUCGUGCUUUGAACAAAACGAGAGUAUUGUUGUGUAUGCGCUCGGAACUGCGACCCGUUCGUUCUGUGUCACAAUAAAACAUGAAUCCAGUGCUGUGCUUAGUGAUUAAAUAACGAUGCCAGUCAUAACUUAAACAGGUGCUGUGCUGUGAAAAGUUUUACUUUGUUGUGCUUCAGAUUUUAAGAUGACGGAGAAAAAUAAAUCUGAAAAGAUGACUAAUACAUCGAAACCUGUUCCCAUGAAGCUUUUUGCUGCCUGGGAAGUGGACAGGACGCCUUCCAACUGUAUUCCAAGGCUAUGCACACUACGCGUCACCCGUCUCCGCGUUUGCGGUGCCCUUGGCGAGGCGGGCGGCGGGGCGGCGGGCGGAGCGGGCGCGGGCGCGGUUAUCCUGGCGGCCCGCAUGCACAGCAGCAAGCGCACGCUGCGCUCCAAUGACAUCGCCGUGCCGCCCAUGGACGUUGAGCUCGACCUGUGCUUCUCGUUGCAGUACCCGCAUUUUGUUAAGCGAGAUGGCAAUAGGUUGCAGAUUAUGCUACAGAGACGCAAGAAAUACAAGAACCGCACCAUUUUAGGAUACAAGACGCUCGCCGAGGGAGUUAUUAGGAUGGAUCAGGUGCUGCAGCGCUCCAUGGACAUGGAGCUGGAACUGACCGGAGUUGGCUGCAAAGGUGGCGCCGCUGCAGGCCAGCCUGUCGCCAGACUAUCCAUCACCGGGCUGGCGUCCACGCCCGUCGACCACGACACUAAGAACAACAACAACAUGCUCAUCACUGAACGAGGCUACUCGGAUGAAGAGGAAGAGGGCGAAUUCAGCUCCGUGGAGGAAGCAGACGAGAUGACGUACGGCGCGCCGGCGCGCCGCAGGACGCACCGGCAGCUCACGUUCAACAAGGCAGACCUAUCCUACACUAAGCUGUCGCGCUCACGAGACUUGAGCUUCAUGGAGCGCGAGCGAGAGAGACAGAGCUAUAUGCGCUCCAAGGCGGACAGAGACAGCGACAGUGAGCUGGAGAACGCGGCCGCCAAGCGCAAGGGCAGCCGCGGCAAGCUCGCGCAACGCAACCUGAAGCAGAAGUUCGCCGCGCUGUUGCGGCGGUUUAGAGUGCCAGAUGAAAUGGGCGAACGCGGCGCGGCAAGGGAUACGCACCACGCGCAGAGGGACAUAGAUGAAUUGUUCCAGGAGUUAGAGUCGUUAUCAUGCGGCGAGGGCGAGGACUCGGGCCCCGACCAGAUGGACACCAUCAGCAUCGGCUCCACGCCCAAGCCCUCGCUGCGGCCCUUCUUCAGCAGCUCCCGGAGCCUCGCCAACCAGGACCACCACAGGCAUUCCAAUGUGAGCCGGCACGCGAGCCUCGCCUCCACGCAGCUCAGCGAGCGCCUCGCCGUUACCGUCCCACUCACAGAAUCGGAGGCGAUUCGAAGCUCGGCGGGCGACGAAAGAGGGAGCGAAGGGAACAGCGAUGGCGAUUUAACGGCCGAUGCGCCAGUUUCUGGUGCUUCAGUUUCCAGCUCACCCCCCAACGAGACCAAGGUUCAGGAGGACAAGCGCUCCCGCCUCUUCCGGAGUGCGACGAGCGGAGGCAACCUCACGCCGGCCGGCGCUACGCGUAAGAAGAACUCGCUGGCCGCCUCAGAUCGACCACUUUCAGCACAUGAGCUGCCCGUACAGAGUCCUACCACACAAGAGCCUCGCCGCACAAUGCUGGAACAAAUCAGCCGCCUCCUUGGCGACGACGCGCCGCUCCCGGAGUGCGUGGCCGUGGCGCCGCCUGGCGCGGCCGCGGCGCUGCACGCGCUGGGCGUGCCCACGAUUGUCACCCCCGCACCUCACGCCCCGGACGCGAGACCGUUGCUGCAGGCGCUGUAUGCGAGGGCUGGGAAGCAGAGCGUGCGGCGCGGCUGCAUCCGCGUGGUGGUGGCGGGCGGCGACGGCGCGGCCGCGGCGGCCCUGCGCGCGCACGCCGAGCUGGCGGCGCGCCGCCCGCACGACGCGCCGCCGAUACGGUUCUACAUCGUACCCAUCGGUGGUAUAACGGUGGCCAGACACUUGGCAGCCACGGACACGGCGUACGGCGCGUUGUUCGGCGACGCGUGGGCCGCGUGCUGCGACCGCGCCGCCGAGGGCAGCCUGCCCGACCAGACCGAGAUGUCCUCCAGGAUAGCCAGGUACCUCAACAGCAUCGGGCCUGUGAACAAUGUUCCCAUCGGCGAAGCCAUGGUGGCGUACCGAGAGCGCUCCGGAGAUGAAGACGCCAGUCAAACCUUCGUACCCUUUAUUGCUGAGGUCCGCGUGGGCUGCAGCGAGGGCGGGGUAUCGUCGCUGGAGCUGGAGGAGGGCGGCUCCCCGCCCGCGCGGCCGUCCCCCCCCGCCACGCCCGCGCCGCUCGAGCUGCAGCCGCCGCUGCUGGCGCGCGAGCCGCUAGAGCUGCAGCUCGACUACUGGCUGGUUCCAGGCCGGGCAACCGAGGGUGCCGACGGCAAGGUGACAGUCAAAGCGUCGUUCAGAGCGCUGCACGUGACGCGACAGAACGCACACCUCUGCAUCACCUAUCUCACCAAGGAGAAGAAACAAAAGAUUAUGCGGUUGGGUAAGAAGAAGGAAAAGACUGGCGAAGCGGAGCCGGGCCGAGCGCAGACUGUCGACGGUAUCGCGCGACUCAUAUGCUCUGCUAAAGGCUCACACAAUCUGCCGCUCAAAGUAUACAUCGAUGGCACAGAAUGGAACGGCGUUAAAUUCUUCCAACUGUCGACGCAGUGGCAGACACACGUGAAAACGUUCCCCGUGGCGACCUGCGGCGCGCCGCUCGCGCCACCGGAGACCUAGAAUUGGCUCCGAACCAAACUCGGUGUCAUCCACUCUCUGGCUUCCUCGCUCUGGCACUCGAGGGCGACCCUAGCCGGCCACGAAUAAUCGCCGAGCUGGUUUGACGAGUUCGAAUUUGGAACGCGGCCAUUUUGAAAAGCGCAACGGCGAAUGCUGGCCACCAAUAACAAAAGCGCCGAGCUUGCUUGACGAGUUCAAAUUUAGAACGCGGCCAUUUUAAACGGCACACUCGUAGGGUUGCCGACGGCUUUCUAACGAGGCUCUGAAACUUUUCGAACGUAUCGAUUUUUAGUAUUAAAGAAAAAAAUACGUUGGUUAUUUUGCAGUCAGUAAUAUUACGCUAUCGAGCUGCCAUGAUUUUAUUAGCGCGUAGAAAGCUUUUGUUGUGUAGCUUGAAUAGGGUUUACUGUUUGUUAUUAGAUCUGUAGUCAACUGUAUGCAUGCUUCAACUUCAAUGUUUAUCGUAUAGGUAUUCAAGUUACAUAAUAAACGCUCAAAAUCACGUUAACUAUUCAUUCAUAGUCAUUCAUUAGUUGUAUGUUUAAUGUUAUAAAAACUAGGUAUUCGCAUACUCAAUAUGUAUCGAGUUAAUGAAGGGUUCGUGACAUUUCCAUAAUGUAAUGUAAGCUAGGUUAUGUAUCAGAGUAGAAGAAACCGAAUUUCGGAGUAUCUGUCGGCACAUAUCAUUGUUGGUUCGUGCUGCUGAGUACGCUCGUUUUAUUAUCUGUGAUUCGUU